UGCUGAGGCUGGGAAGUGACCGUGCCAUCCCCAAAUCUCUCCUCUCUGUGUCGCCACCUGAGUUUGGAUCAGGCUCCUGGGGAUGCUGCUGGCUGCCCUUCGCCUCCCUGUGUGAGCUGGCAGAGGAUGGAAGCGACUGGCAUCAGCUGGGCCAAGGACCCUUCACCAGGUGCUGGGAUGUCACCCCCCUGAAGACGGGAAUUACAAAUGGGCUCGUGAGCAGAGCACACAGCACAUGUCCCUGUGCUGCUGGACCCCUCGGGCCACCACAGGACAGGCAGAGGCUGGCCACAGCAGCUCGUCUUCUUAACUCCUCUGGGAAACCUUGUGUGGGAAAAGCGUCCCUUGCGCCCUGUGGAUUCUGGUCCUGGGCAGCUGUGCCCCAUGCACAGCUGCGGAGCUGCCUGCCUGUGGCGGUGCAGGCGGCAAGCUGCAAGUGACCCCGCUCCCUGGAAGGCCGCCGGCAGCUGAGCUCGGAGUUGUGCAAGCCCUGUCCCUGGGGACAAAUGCCAGCUGCCAGACUCUUCUCUGGAGACCCAGGAGCAGCUUGUGAGGCAACAGCACUGACUGUUCUCAUGCUAGCAGUGGGUGGUCUGGAACGCCUGCAGUUGCAGAUGUGACUCUAGCCUGCUGGGAUGGGAGGGCUUCAGCUGCAGGACAUGGCAUGCAGCAGGGAUGGGGAUGCUCUGCAGUGACUGGUGAGCCCAAUGCUGCUGGUGUGGACUUUCCUCCUACUCUUCCCCUAAGGAUGCCAGUUGCCUGUCCAAAAGCCUCCUAGAGUGCAAUGGCAAAGGGUCUGCAGGGCUUCUCGUGGACCAUGCUGCUGCUGCUCUGUGCCAUCCAGGAGCUGGGGGCCUGGGCUGUGCACACUGCAGCAGAGGGUCCUGGCCUGGGGCAGCCAGGGGACCCCGCACUGCUGGUCAGCGGGCGAGUGAAGCGUGGCUGGGUCUGGAACCAGUUCUUUGUGGUGGAGGAGUACACGGGCACGGAGCCACUGUACGUGGGGAAGAUCCAUUCAGACUCAGAUGAGGGGGACGGCUCCAUCAAGUACACCAUCUCCGAGGGCGCAGGGACCAUCUUCCUCAUCGAUGAGAUCACAGGUGAUAUCCAUGCCACCGAGCGCUUGGACCGGGAGCAGAAAACCUUCUACACGCUGCGGGCUCAGGCCCGUGACCGGCAUACAGACCAGUUGCUGGAGCCCGAGUCCGAGUUCAUCAUCAAGGUGCAGGACAUCAACGACAGCGAGCCGCGCUUCCUGGAGGGGCCCUACAUCGGCAGCGUGGCUGAGCUGUCCCCUGUUGGCACCUCUGUGAUGCAGGUGAUGGCAUCUGAUGCUGAUGACCCCACAUAUGGCAGUGCCCGGGUAGUCUACAGUGUGCUGGAGGGCGAGCAACACUUUACUGUGGACAGUAAAACAGGUGUGAUCCGGACAGCUGUGGCUGACCUGGACCGUGAGACACAGGACCGGUACGAGGUGGUGAUCCGUGCAACAGACAUGGCCGGACAGCUGGGUGGCCUGUCCGGAUCCACCACAGUCACCAUCGUGGUCACUGAUGUCAACGACAACCCACCACGCUUCCCUCAGAAGAUGUAUCAAUUCAGCAUUGUUGAAACUGCCCCUGUGGGCACCGCCAUCGGGAGGGUGAAGGCAGAGGACUCUGACGUCGGGGAGAACACAGAUAUGACGUAUCAGAUGAAGGAUGAAGAAGGGGUGGAGAUGUUCAAAGUCACCACAGACAGCAAUACCCAAGAGGCUGUUAUCACAGUACAGAAGCCUCUUGACUAUGAGUCAAAAAAAGUGCACACCGUCGUGGUGGAGGCCCUGAACAAAUUCGUGGACCCACGUUUUGUGGACCUGGGCACCUUCCGGGACCAGACCAUUGUGCGGGUGUCUGUGUUGGAUGUCGACGAGCCCCCCGAGUUCCGGCCCCCUUCCAACCUGAUGGAGGUCCAGGAGGACGCACAAGUUGGCUCUGUCGUGGGGGUGGUCACUGCCCUUGACCCUGAUACAGCGAACCACCCUGUCCGGUAUGCUAUCGACCGCAGCACAGACACAGAGAGGAUCUUUGACAUCGACGCCAACACAGGUGCCAUUGUGACAGGAAAGGUCCUGGACCGGGAGACAGCAGGGUGGCACAACAUCACUGUCCUCGCGAUGGAAGCAGAUAAUCAUUCACAGGUGUCAAGGGCCUCUCUGCGCAUCCGCAUCCUGGAUGUGAAUGACAACCCACCUGAACUCGCCACCCCCUAUGAAGCUGCUGUGUGUGAGGACGCCAAGCCAGGCCAGCUGAUCCAGACUAUUAGUGUCGUGGACCGCGAUGAGCCUCAGGGCGGCCAUCAUUUCUACUUCACGCUGCCACCUGAAGCCACCAACAACCACCACUUUUCUCUGCUGGAUAUUAAGGACAAUACGGCUGCGGUGCACACGCAGAGAGUGGGCUUCAAUCGCCAAGAGCAAGACGUGUACUUGCUGCCCAUUUUGGUGGUGGACAGUGGCCCCCCACCCCUCAGCAGCACGGGAACCCUGACCAUCCGCAUCUGUGGCUGUGACAGCAACGGGGCCAUCCAGUCCUGCAAUAGCACAGCCUACGCCAUGUCAGCUACGCUGAGCCCAGGCGCCCUCAUCGCACUGCUGGUGUGUGUCCUUAUCCUGAUCGUGCUGGUCCUUCUGAUCCUCACGCUGAAGCGACACCACAAGAGCCACCUGACGUCCGAGGAUGACGAGGACAUGAGGGACAAUGUCAUCAAGUACAACGAUGAAGGAGGUGGCGAGCAGGACACGGAGGCCUACGACAUGUCUGCCUUGCGCAGCCUCUAUGACUUCAGUGAGAUCAAAGGCGGAGACGGGGGCGGGGGGCUAGGAGAGGGGGGCCCGAGCGGAAACCCAGCCUCUGAGCGCCAUGCCCUCCCACAGUGGGUGCAGAGCCCAGACCUGGACUUCUCCGUGUUCAGAGACUACAUCUGCAGGAAGGUGGAGCAGGCGGAUGAGGACCUCUCUGUGCCGCCCUACGACUCUUUCCAGACCUAUGCCUUUGAGGGCUCGGACUCCCCCGUGCCCUCCCUGAGCUCCAUCAACACCUGGUCCAGCAGCUCGGAGCAGGACUUCUCCUACCUGGGGGGCUGGGGGCCACGUUUCCGGCAGCUGGCAGCGCUCUACGCGGGGCGCCGUGGCGAGGAGGACAGCGAGGAGUGCUAGCCGUGCGAGCCAAAGGCCACGAGGCUCCGGGUGCUGCCAGGGCCAGGGCUCUGGCCAUGGCAGGGUCCACGCGCAGGGUGCAGUGGGUGCUGGUAGUGGCUGCCAGGGGGGCUGUGCUGUGAGGGUGGGCCUGAGCUGGGUAUUCCCCGCAGCUGCCUCCUGGUCAGGGCUGUGUUGCACCCACACGGCCAGGCUGGCGUGCCCAUGGGAGCUGCUGGGGCUGUCGUAAUCUCCUUAAUGCCGAUGUCUGUUAAAGCACUGUGCAUUAAUUUAAGAAAGAGAAAAAUCUAAUUCAAGAGAGAUUGGAGGGGUUUCUCUCCCACAAAUUAUCAUUUAAAUAGAUCUGUUCAGUGAGCCCAGUUCAGGAUAGGAAGAGCAAACCGGGAGCCUUUUGUUGUCUAAAUUGUUUUUGUCACUUGAGUCAGAGCAUUUGAAGUGCUUUGAUUUCUUUAAGAACUUUCCUUGCAGAGGGAAAUAAGCUUUUAACUUCUGUUUUGCUUUUUCUGCUUACAUUUGCUUACUUUUUGGAGUCCUCCUUACUUCUGCACAUGGGCUCCCAGGCAGUGCCCGGGCUGCUGGUGCGGAGCCAGGCCACGCACACUGCCAUGCACACUGCCACGGUGGGGAUGCUCACGCCGGCUGCGGCUCCAUGGUCACAUCCUGAACAGAGUGACUGCUGCACAGGAGUUCACUUCAAAACACACUUCCUGCUAAGCUGCAAUUGCUGUGCGUCUCAGCUCUUAGACCUUUCCUGUAGUUAAAAUGCUGCUGACUCGAAGGGGCUUCCUCUUGUGCACCCUGCGCACUGGGCGCUGUCUGUGGCAUCCUGGUGUGGUCCAAGGCCCCGGUGAUGGACGGAGUCAUCCUGCCUGCUGUUGAGGUGUGGUGGCAGCUCUGUGACACCUCGGUGCACCCGGGUGUCCCUGCCCUGGCACCCUCCAAGAAACCUGCAAAACACCCGUGGGUGGCACAGCUUCCUUUGCAUGAGACCUCUGGUUUUAACAGG